CCUUGAUCAGUUGUUCUAGAGAAGGAUACGUCCCUCUAGGCAAUUGACUCAAGAGGGCCUUGUUCCUUUAGUCGAGACUCAAGGUCUAGUCAAGGAUUCUCCGCAUUGUGAAUGAAAGUGAAACAAGUUAGAAAUCAGCAAUCGUUAGUCUGGCUAGUGGCUAGGGGGAAUCAUACCUAAGUGAGUUCCCAACCUGUAAUUAGAUUAACUUUAACUGUAGUUUGCUAGAGUAGUUUUAGUUUUUUCAUCUAAUCUGGUUUGCUAAAUAAUAAACUGAAGCUGAGUAAUAGUAACUUUAGAGACCCGUGGAUUAGAUAUUUAUCACUUGAGCCACUAUACUGCAGUCCCUUCCAUUGGUUCCACUUGGCCAUUGCUCAACUUACUUUUUCAAACCUCUUAUAAAUUUGGAAGCACCAUCUAAAACAGUAAGAAUUGAACCUCCCCGUUCUAGUAUAACUCGAGAUCUAAGAAUAAUAACCCAAAAAGAUGAAAUCACUGAGAUUAGAAACACUCCAAUAAUUAACAAAACCAAGGAGAAAGUGAAAUAAACGAAUUAAAAUAAAUAAUAAUAAAUUUAGAAAAGAAAGUAUAAUUAAAAAUGGCUUAUAAUCACCACAUAAAUAAGUUUAUAGAAGGUUUAGAUUUAAUAGAUCUCACCCCUUCCGAAGCUGUUUCUAUUAUUAUAAAUGAACUAUCUAGUUUUGCAACAGAAAAUUUAAGUUGAGCAAUCUACUCAUGGGAUUGCAGAAACACUUAUCUAAGUUAUUCAUAAAUGGAACUUAUAACCAAUAUCAUUAAAAUUUAGAGAAAAUUAAACAUAAAAUUAUUGAUAGUACAUCUUCAUCGAUAAUAAAUUAAAAUUAUGACAAUAGGUGGGGAAAUAAGAGCAAUAAAUCUGACAAAUAUAGAACACAUACAACAACAAAUAAGUGAAUUACAAGGAGAAUUAUCCUAUCAAAUUAGAAGUCACCAAAACAAUACAAGACACUUAAAUAUUAGAUACUCAAAUUAUUUAUAUCAAGUAAGAAUUCAUAUAAUAUAUUUCUUUGAAGGCAUAAUUACAUUAUUAGAACUAAAAUGGUAAUAGAAAAUACAUAUAAUUAACUAACUUUGUUCUAAAAAAUCACCACCAUUAACAACCUCUUAUGACUUUAAAUCAAUAACUAAUCCUGAUAAAUCAAAUUAAUAUAGAAUACAUUAGAAUUAAAAAUUAGAUACUAUAAGUUUGGUGGAGAGAGAGUAGAGAGAGAAGCUGAGCGAUUCGGGUAGCGAGGUUCUUCGAUCUAUCGCUUCGUUGCCAGCUCCGGCAUCUGCGCCGGAGCAGCUCCUUUCCCCCUCUUUUGCUAUUCUGAUGAGUGGUGAGACUGCAGUGAAUCCUAACCCGGUGGGACCGAAUGAUGAUGCGCGGGGGGUUCCGACAAAACCCUGGGCUUCAUUGUUUGGAAUUUCCGAGGCAAAUCGCUUAACCUACAUCCCACCUGAAGUAAUCAAGGGAGGGCUUCGUAUGCCGAGAGAGGUUCGUGAAGCUGGAGCUGCUCGAUGGAAGAAUUGCCUUGUAGGCCAAUUUCUCCAGGAUCCUCCUUCGCUUUAUGUUCUUCGUCUGCUGGUGCAUGGGAAAAGCAGAAGGGAUCCUGAAGAGGUAGCUUUUCUAAUCAAAGCUGAGAUAUGCUUUCUGGUGACAGGAAAUGUGAUGAUGCGUAAAGAGUUGGAAAAGAUAGGAUAUCUUUAGAUAGUUUACUCAUAUAUAUUCACAGGUUUUGACAGUAGUAUUGUAUAGGGAGGACCACGAGCAUUUUUGCUCUGCUCGUUGUAUUGGCUCAUUUCAUUAAUACGAAAGGGAUCUGAUUCAACGAAAAAAAAAAUAGAUAGUCACUAAGAACAUUAUAUUUAGAAAGUAUUAUUUACUGGAUAGAAUUUGGGAUCAAUAAAUUCUACAAUGAGUACCCACGGAUUAUCCGUUAAUACCCGUUUGGGUAUUACGAGUACCCGUACUACCCGCCAAGUACAAAGAAAUACAAGCACAAUGAAGGGAACAUAUAUUUUUCAAUUACUUGGCCUUGGGAAGUUGGGAUUGAGCCUUCCUUUGUCCUGAUAGACAAACAAAGAAAUAACAACCAAUAAAGGGAGCUUCUUUUACCUAAGUAGAGGAGGCAAACGUAUAUGAAAUCAACUAGUAAUACAAAGAAUAUGUUUCCAAACGUUUAGCUAAAAUCCAAGCUAUUCAUUUCCAUUUGAGAGCUUGGAAUGGGAUGGGGGCCUAUUAAGCUGCUCAAUUAUGUAUAAGAGUCUGCUCAAUACUCAAUCACGUAUUUCCCUGCACCAACAAUCGUGUGUCAUUUACAUUUCAGAAACUCAUGCUAGCUGUUAGUACAAGUUACGGGUUACCCACGUGUAACCGUUAUCUGUGCUGUACGGGUAAAGGGUACCCUUUAAUCCGUAUGGGUUUGAAACAUGGAAUGGAGUUUUCUCUCCAAAUGGGAAUGGGUAUCUAUUUCAAAUGGGACGGGUACCCAAUCCCAUCCCGCCCUAAAGAAAUAUUGGUUUUUUUGAAAAUGAGGGAAGGGAUUUUCCCCCAUUUCCUCCACUAUAUUUAAAUGAGUUCAGAGCUUCAAAUCCCCUACUAGCCUUUUUCUUAUUUCCCAAAUAAAAUUAGUUGUCUGUCGUCCUCAACCCAUCCUGAUUCUUCUAAUUUCAGUUCUCCAAUUCUCCAACUCCACACACCCGUCCCGAGUCCAGAUUUGAUGAUGAUGAGGUCCCCAUUAUCCCAUCAAAGGUGGCAGGCUAAUAACGUCAAUGAUUUGUUUCUUGGCCAAUCGAUAUCUAGCUGCGGCGGGCUAUUCAUUACGGUGUUGACCAUCGUUACUGUGUUCGAUCUCACUUCUGCAUCCGCUCUUCGCUUUCAUGGUCGCCUGCUGCUCCAUCAAGAAAUUUGUUGCCUGGAAGAGGCAGAGUACGAGGAAUUUUUUUCGGCUUGGGACGUGCUGUUGGGGUGGAGAUCCACGUUGACUAUCUUACCCGGUGUUUCGUUGUGGAAACUCGCGUGUUUAAUGCGCUCGGUUCUCAAGGAAAAUAAGACCAAGUAAUGUGUGUUUAAUGCGCUAAGUCGGUAGGGAUUGACGGUGGUCAAUGUCGUUUUGGUUAAAUAACGUCGGCACCUGACACGCUAAAACACAAUACCUAACAAUGGCCAAGUUUAACCAAUGAAAGGGACUGCAGUAUAGUGGCACAAGUAAUAAAUAUCGAAUCCACGGGUCUCUAGAGUUACUAUUACUCAGCUUCAGUUCAUUAUCUAGCAAACUAGAUUAAGGAUUGAUUUACUAAACUACUCUACUAACUACUCUACUAAUUACAAGUUGGGAACUCACUUAGGUAUGAUUCCCCCUAACUCCUCAAUUAGGUCCAAGUUGCAAUUGUUUUUGGUUGAUCUGCUGUUGAUUAAACUGCGGAAGAUCCUAAAUUAGCUUGGAAUCUCUUAAGUUGACCAAGCCCUCUUAGACAGAAUACCCGGCAGGCGACUAGCCUUAACCGCGAUAGACUGCUAAGGCGAUUCACACAGAUCUCCACUACUGGAAUGAAUUCCAGUACAAAACAGUGAAUUGAUUGACUCUCGCACAACCAAUUCACCACUAUCAAUCAAGGAAGCUCUCUUAACCUAAUCAGAUUCUAUCUAUCAUAGGUUAAAGCAGAAAUCAAGAGAAGAUGAUCAG